UCCACUUGCUUCUGCCAUGCUUUAGCAUUAAAUGCGGCUACCAAUUGCUGACUACCCGUUCGGAUAGCACGUUCGGUGUGCGGGACCCCCUUGAAGGUAUUUGAUGUUAGUACUUCGUUAAUCGUCUCAAGUGGACAAAUCCUCCCGAAUACCGUCGGGAAGUCUUUGAUCCUUUCGUUGGGCCCCCUUUACGCUUCAGGCCAGGUGUAUUGGGCUUGGGCCCAAUACCCCAACAGAAGGUAAUGAAUGAUUUCACUUUCCUGAAAAUUUUUGCUCUUUCUCAGGCUAAUAGACAGGUUUGGACAUGGGGUUAGACCCGUCUUUGCGGGCCGAGCCGGACCCGUCCACACGUGAUGGGCAGAAAAUUUAUUAAAAGUCUGACCGGAGCCCGAGCCUGAGCCAGAGCCGAACCUUUUGGGCAGGUCUACACGAUACCUAUUUGCUAAAAAAAUUCACGAUACCUGCACGUCUGCCUCACUGCUGAUUCUACUUCUUCCAUUUAGGAUUCAAAAUUUUACCCUUUACCGCCAUUAGGGAAUUGUGGGAUUUUAAGGGGUCUAGCAAUUAGAGACCUGGACGACUGGACAGCAGCGUCAGGCAGCGCAGGGCCCGGACCGCCAGACGGAUUGACGGAAUCGCUAAGGCGCGCGACAGGGCUCAGGAGGCCGGGAGUAGCCGAGCUGGCGAGUAGGCUGUAGGCGAAUUCAGUUCACUCAGUUAAGGACUUCAGGUCAUACUAGCGGGCACAAGCGCACAACGAAGCAGUAAAGCAGCUCCAAUUUCAGCUUUUUACCGCACGGAGUAUUCUAAAGUUUGCUGUUUCCCGGCACUGUAUUUGUUCCCGUCCCUGGCUAGGCCGAGAGGCCCGAAAUAUGUAUGCUCUUUGUAUGUGGCCAGUCACACGCCAUGUGAAGUGGUGUCCUACAAUUGUCACUGUAUCGUCCUCCUGAUUUUGUGCCAGGGUCUGGCAUGUCCCUGCUUCAUAGCUAUGCACUACAUCGAAAGUUGCAGGUUUAUGCUGUAUCCGGAUGUAUCAAGAAGGCUAUUGAGGCAUUGAGUUCUAUGAGGUGCGUCUCCUGGAAGCCUACUGUUCAUGAUUAUAAUUCAUUAAUUUAUUGCAACAUGAGGUCAAAAUUUGUAUCCAUAGAUGAAAUAGUAGAGGUAUAUUUGGGAAUGAAGAGAUUUGGGCCUUCCCCUAAUGCAAUUACAUUUAACACCAUGCUGAAUGGGCUGAUCUCAUUGGGGAGGUUGAGAGAUGCAAUUUGGAUAAGCAAGGAUAUGCGGGAAAUUGGCUUCUUACCAUCAUUUAGUAUGCUAUCCAAGUUGUUGAAGAAAUCAUUUAUUUUGGGCAGUUUGAGUGAUUCGUUCAGCAUUUUUGAGUUUAUGUUGAACUUGGGAUGUAUUCCUACAGAACCAUGUUUGGUGAAAUUAUUUGUUGCUCUCUGCAAAGAUGAUCCAAAUAUUCCUCCAACAGCUUUUGUUGUUCUCACUGUUCUUUUAAGCAAAAAGGAUUGUUUCCAAGGAUCACGUGACUUUAACCCUAUAUUCUGGGCAUUAUGCAAGUCCAAUCAUAUUGAUUAUGCAUUAGCCUUUCUUUGCUAUUUAAAAAAGAUGGGGUUUAGAUGUGAUGUUUACUCGUACACCGCAUUAGUUUAUGGGUUUUGUAGGAAGAAGUCGUGGAAAGAAGCAUUUGAAUGCUUAGAUGAGAUGGAAGUUGAAGGGCAUGAGCCUAAUGUGAUAACAUAUACUAUUGUUAUAAAGUCUCUCUCUGAUGAUGGGAAACUUAAAGAAUCAUUGGACCUAUUGAAGAUGAUGGAAGAAAUUAAGGGAUGUAGUCCAGACUUGGUUACAUAUAAUGUUGUUCUCCGAGCACUUUGCCAACACAAUAGGCGACACUUCAAGAUAGGCGAGCUUGUCCAAAUUAUUGAUGGAAAAGGGUUCACGCCUGACCAAUAUACUUAUGCUGCUAUAGCGGUUGGUUUGUUGAAAAGGAGAAAAUUAAGUGUAGCCGAAAGGCUCAUUCGUCGAAUUAUUUCUUCAAGUUGCUGCUUUGUCGAUGUUGUGAUAUAUAAUAUAUACUUGAAUAUUUUGUGUAAAGGUAACAGAACACAAGAAGCACUCUCUAUGGUGAAUAACAUGACGGGAAUAGGCUUCAGUCCGACGAUUGUGUCCUACAACACGAUAUUGAAAGGAAUAUGCAAUGAGAAACAAAUUGAUGAAGCUAUGGAGAUUUUUUACCAGAUUGGUUGGCCCGUAGAUUUGAUUUCCUUCAAUACAUUGUUGGCUGCUGCAUGUGAACAAGGAGAUUCCACAAUAAUACAAAGGAUCUUAUACAUAAUGGAAUAUGAAGGGUUUGAACUCGAUGUAGUGAGUUCAACUUGUUUGAUUCUGUAUUUUUGCAAUGCUUUAGAGAUCACACCGUUUGUGAAAUUUUUAGAUCAUGUAAUUGGUGAAGGCUUUCAUAUUAGUAUAGGGACAUUUAAUGCUCUCAUGAGCAGCCUGUGCAAGAAGAGAUUAGUUGGAAAAGCAUACACUAUAUAUUCAUAUUUUAGAAGUAAAGGGAUUUCACCAGAUGUCACAACUUAUGAUAUUCUUCUUCGUGGGUUGAUAAAAGAAAGGGAUUAUUUUCUUGUAGAUAAGUUGUUAUGUGAUAUGUGCGAGCAGAAAUUAAAGCCUGAUGUUUUCACAAACGGGGUCAUGUAUAGAUUUUGUAAAGAAGGCAUGUCUCCUUUUGACCUUCAAUUGAGGUAUCAUAUGCAUGAAAAUGGGAUCAACCAGACUGAGCAAACUUACUUUAGCUACGGAUAGGUCCAGUUGUGGCAGGUAUGGCGUAAAAGAACAGAAAAUGAGUUUUGGGAUGUUUGACCUGGUGGCCCUAUUAUCUGGAUGUCCUUCAGUUUCCCAUGCUUAGUGCAUUGGAGGUCAAAGAAAUUCGAACGUCCUCUAUAUGGAAUUGGAGUAAAUGGAUAAUAAAUACAAGUGUUCACUUAUUUCAGGACCCUAGACCGUUUACUCAUGUGAUAUCUCUUCAUUGAGAUGGGAAGUAUACAGAAAAAUUUCCCAAAAUGGUUUACAAGGACGAUAAAUUAUGCAUAAUGCUUGUGAAUGCCGCACAGUAAAACAGCUCUGCAUAAGAUCCAAGCAGCCUUGCCUAGGUAUUUACUAGAAGUUUGUCAACAUAUGCCCUAAGGCUCUCAAUUGGUAUUAAUCAAUGUAGUGGACAUUCAGUUGGGAUUUCAAUUCGAUGAAACGAGUUUGGGAAUUCUUAUGUUCAGCAAUUGGGAGUGUCGCCUUUUCUUGUAAGAAUCUCUAAGCUGGGGUCUGGUUUUUCCACUGUCACUUGGAGCUGCACACAGGUUGGGGGCUGAAAACAACAUUUGUAGUGGAAGAUGGACCGAGAUCAGAUCAAAAGGUUCUGCCUCCACCAAAGGAUCUUCCACAGUUCCACUGUGCUAAUGAUAAAACAUUCACAGCUUAUUAAUGUCCCAUCAUAAAAAAAUCACGAGGCAUCUUGAUUCUUGUGGUUGAAGAUCCCCCAAAUUUGAGGCAAAUAUAGAAAAAGUUAUUAUGCGUGUAUGCAGUUGAGAAACGUUGUGAAAAACAAUGUAUUUAAUUUUUAAUUAACUUGAAAAUGUGAUAAAAGUCCAAAAAUGAAAAGGCAAUUGUUUUCAUCUUUUCAUUGGACAUUUCUAGCUUGGUAACUGUAAACUGUGGAGUAUCUGUAUUGAUUACCUGGGUGGCUGGGUUUUUAGUCUAG